ACCUGCUGUUUGCUGAACAGAGUUGUUUUCUGAUUUACAUCCUGUGAGCAAAGAAGUCAACUCUACCCUCCCUCCUACCUCCUUCCUCUCUCCUCGCUGGCUGAUGAGAACCAGCCGUCAGCUGUAGAGACGCUGUGAGUUGAGUUCAUGUGUGCAGCUGUGAGGAGGCUCUGAGGCUCUGAGGAGAUGCUGCUGUGCUGCUGGAUCGCUGCUCUGCUGCUGCUGCUGCUGCCGGCUGCGAGUCGGACUGAGAGCGGAGACGGAGACGACGAGCCCACAAUCAGCUGCUCCUCUCACAUCAUGAGAACAGGAAGCAGUCUGAGCUGUAGACUGGUGGGAGGCAGGAACGACCACGGGGAUGAUGAAGAUGACCAGGGUGAAGAAGAUGACGACAUCAGGAACAUGACAGUGUGCUUCAUCGACUUCAGUCAGAAUGAAGCCAAAGUGUGUUUGAAGGCGUUCGGGGACAACGUGAGCUCCAUAAACCUGAACCCUGUGUGUCCUUUAACUGUGACCGUCCACCUGAAGAGAGGAGGCCAGAUUACAACAACCGUCAACCUGAUGAAGAUAGUUCAGCCCAGAAGUCCUCAGGUGAAGAACGUGACCUUCGAUCUGGACUCUCAUCAGGUCGUGAUCCGCCUUCAGACUCCGUACCUCAACGAAUACAUUAGAGUAGACAACCAGCUCUUCCAGCUGCACAUCUGGUGGAACGACAGCACGAUAACUCAAAACGUGUCAUCAGACACUCUGAAGAUCCACAUGGAGCACCUCCGAAAACACACCGAGUACCAGGUGGAAGCGAGAUCGAUCCCUGUGAACGGUCUGCAGGGUUCCUGGAGCAAGUGGAGCAAAGCGUCCACAUUCAUUACUCCGGCUGAAGAUGAAGAUGAAGAAGAAGAAGAUGAAGAUGAAGUCCAGAAACAGACGGAUGAAAGACGGGAGACAAACAAACUGAUUGUGUGUCUCAUCGUUUUGGUGGUGGUGCCUUCAAGUGUUGUUUUCUUCUGCAAAAACAAAAUAUUUACGUACAUGUGGCCGAGCAUCCCGCACCCCAAACACACACUGGUGCAGAUCUGCAAGACGAAUAAAGUGAGUCAUGUUUACAAUGUUUACUGAGGUAAUAAAUCAAGAGAGAAGUA